UCUCUCUCUCUCGAUUCUGAUUAUCUGUAAUCUCUCUCUCUCUCUCUCUCCCCCUCUCUCUCUCUCCCUGUGCGCGUGUCUCCCUCUCGCUCUCUCCUGAUUCUGAUUAACUGGAUAAAAAUGGAAGCUCAACUGAGCACAGACACAAACAACAUCGAUAUACACAAAGCUUGGCAUCUCCUAAGUCUCCUUCUCACAAUCGGCCGUCCGGUGAGACUACCGGAGCUCGCUUCCCGAUGCACUUUGUUCCGAGCUUCACCAGAAUUCGUGCAAUUCCUUUGCUCAAUUCCUAGAUCUCCGCUGUCGUUGACGGAGAGUGGCUUCGUAUCGAUUUCUUCGGUUGCGUAUCUGGAUUUUGUUCGGUUUUUGUCGAAUUUAUGCAAUUUGUCGACGUCUUUGCCUCGGACAAGUGUGAUGUUUAUGGAACGAAGUGGAGCGUUGGAUGAUGCGGCAGAUUUGUGGUUUCAACAUAGCGGAGAGUUGGAGUAUUUGCCUGCUGUAAAAAGGCGAAAACAUUUAAAUGUAGAAGGAAGUAUGAUGUUUUCAGUACGAAAAGGAGUGUUGGAUGAUGUGGCGGAUCUGUGUUUUCAAAGUGGUGGGGAGUUUGAGUAUUUGCCUGAUGUGAAAAGGCGGAGACUCUUGGAUGUUGAAGGAAAUGAGGGCCAGAUUGUUUUGUCUGAUGAGGUGCAUAGCAACAGAACACAAGAAAGCUCGGUUAUUAAGUCCAGAGCCAGCCUCUUGAAUUGCGAUCUAAAAACUGCUAUACAGGAAAGUAAAACUGGCAUGCUUGUGAACGGGAAAGAGUUUGGACAUGUAAAUAUUUCAAAGUGGCAUAUUGACUUUCCUAAGAAUGGAAGUAUUGGGAAGUUAUCAGAUGCUAGAGAAGUAAAAGUUAUCGAGGAUGAUAAGCUUCAACAAGAGCCAUCUCCACUUUCUAGUAGAUUGAGAAGUCCAGUUUUUCUGAUAGAUAAUAAGAUGAAAACCUCUUAUUCUAGGCAUUUAAUAGACUUGAAUAAGCCUUAUAUGCCACAAGUAGAUGAAUGUAUGGACAUUUCACCUUUGGAAGCGUCAAAUAGAAUCUGUGCUUGUAAAACCUUAGCCAAACCAAGUGAAGUCAGAAGAGUCGGGGAAACUAAAGAAGUGGAGGAAAUAAUGUAUUUUGGCAGUUGUAAAUUAGAGGUGGAGUAUCUGUCAACUAAAACAAUCAGUGUUUACAUGCCACAAAAAGAUGGCUACAACAUGAAUGAUAUUUUGGAAAGCCGUGAAGUUUUACCUUCUAGGGACAAAGAAGAAAAAAUGCAUGAAAGUCAGGCUAAUCUUCAGUUAGUUGAUAAGAAACAGCUGUCAAAGUUAGAGAUGAUUCGGGAAGAUUCACACAAUCCUAGUUUGCACACUCCCGUUGAUUUUCAGGCAAUAGAUAGUGGAAAGAAUACAGGUAAUUGCUUAGAGGAGGAACAAUGUAAAGUGUAUAAAAGAUCAUUCUCCAAGAAGCAGAAAUUUAGGCAGAAUUAUCAAGAGAAGAGAUAUGCUGAAGAAAAAAGAGAUAAAAAUAAAGAAAUCAGAGGAAAAAAUGUAUCUACGUCUCUUAAGAAUCAAGUGGAGCCUGAACCACUUCCUUACUUUGACUCUUUUACUGCAGAAGAGAAAGAAGGUUCAGGUGGUUAUGGUACAGUUUACAAGGCGACGAGGAAGCAAGAUGGACUGACAUUUGCUAUCAAAUGUCCUCAUGAAAAUGCUAAUCGACACCAUAUUCAAAAUGAAAUAAAAAUGUUAGAGCGGUUUGGGGGUAAGAACUUUGUGAUUAAAUAUGAAGGUUCGUUUAAGUAUGGCAAUGCUCAUUGUCUUGUCCUAGAGCAUGUUGAGCAUGAUAGACCUGAGGUGUUAAAGAGAGAAAUAGAUGUUUCUCAAAUCCAAUGGUACGGGUAUUGUCUGUUUAGAGCUCUUGCUAGUCUACAUAAGCAGGGUGUAGUUCAUAGAGAUGUUAAGCCUGGAAACUUCCUGUUUUCCUGCAAAUCUAAUAAAGGAUUUUUGAUAGAUUUCAAUUUGGCUAUGGAUUUGCAUCAGAAAUAUGGAUACACUGAUAAAUUAAAUCUGAGCUAUGAUAUGGGCUUCAACAAUGUUCAACUUUCCCAUGCAAAAUCUCUUCCACCUUUGAAAAGUAAAAAACUUUCAAGUGCCAAAGCUUUGGAAGCAACAAAUCAAGAGGCAGGAAAAAGUUACAAGUCAUUGUCAUUAAUCAAGAACCUCAAGAAGAAGACUAACCCACAUGAAAAGGCUGACUUGGGUACUAGAAAUAUCGUAAAGAGUCAAGGUGCUGAUGGCUCUGGUAUAACCUCUGCCAAAGAUGCGACAAGCACCAGAUUUCCUUCAGGAGAGAAGUUGAGGGAACCCAUGCCGUGCCAAGGCAGAAGGGAGUUGUUAAGCUUGGCACAAGAAGCAAUGCAGGGUCCAAACCAUGAAGUUUCAAGAGCUCCAGCUUCCAAGAGAAAGAGGGUUGCUGCCCAUCCUGAAAUUGUGGAUAAAAAACUCAAUUAUCUUACUCCAAUGCCAUUGCACUCCACAGAAUUUGCUACUGCAGGUGCUGGCCUAGCCAAGGGUAAAGGAGAAAUUAAGCACAAAAGAGAAGGUCCUUGUGCUGGUACCAAAGGUUUCAGGGCUCCGGAGGUAUUGUUCAGAUCUCCUUAUCAAGGCCCUAAGCUAGAUAUCUGGUCUGCUGGUGUAACUCUGCUCUAUCUGGUCACUGGAAGAUCACCUUUUAAUGGCGAACCAGACCAGAACAUAAAGGAUAUUGCAAAGUUGAGCGGCAGCGAAGUUCUGUGGGAAGUUGCCAAGCUGCACAAUCGCGAAUCUUCAUUUCCAAUGGAACUUCUUGAUAGGAAGUACUUGCCAUCAAAAGAUCUACGGGACUGGUGUGGACUCAACACAAGAAAACCAGAUAUUCUACAGGAUAUACCAAUACAGUUUUUUGAUCUUAUAGACAAAUGUUUGGCGGUAAACCCAAGAUCAAGAAUAAGUGCAGAGGAAGCUCUUCAGCAUGAGUUUUUUGCGCCAUGCCAGAAGCAACUUAGGAGGCAGAGGCUGUUAAGGCAGGGGCUUAGCCUGGAUUUGAAAAAUGCUCUUGUAAACAUUAAACCAGUGAACCGCGAGGUUUAUUGUGCUGAGUAAAACUAACAUAAGCAAGUAUAAACGCUGUAAUGUAUUCCCCCUGUCUGCAUAUAAAUUCUUUUAGAUGUACUAAUAA